AGAAAGAAAGAAAGAGCUCGCGUGUGAUGUGUUUGUGUGUCCUCAGUGUUUUUCUCUCUUGAGUGUUUUAUUGAGUGUAAACAGAGUCUUGUCUCUGUGUAUUUUAGUGUUAAUGAUGAGAGAUGAGAUGUGCUGUAAAUCAGAAACUGAUCAGGGCUUACAGGAUGAGGAAUCUACUGAUCAAACCUCCACAGAGUCUCUGGAUUUUGUCUGUAACGCUGGAGAACAGCAGCAGAUCCUGCAGACCAAACUCAAGAUGUGUUCAGUCAAACCGAUGGACAGUGGGAACCAAAUGCAGAAUAUAACAGAAGCCAUAGCAGAUAAAUAUGAAGACAAACAUAAUGAUGGUCAUGAUUUUAUUCUCUCAGAUGUAAAGAGUGAAUUAUGUUUGGAUGGAGAAAUAACAUCCUUGACUCUUUCCUGCAUCACCGGUGGAGAGACAUUGAGCUCUAGGGGUGGGAAUCGCUUGGACCCUCAUGAAUCGAUUCAGAAUCGAUUCUUAGGGUCCCGAUUCGAUUCAGAAUCGAUUCUUGACGUACUAAUUUGCAUAUAUGUGACGUCAUUACAUCGCAUUUGCUUUCAAAGCCAGGUUAAUGUUUGCGCUUUUGCUAGUCUCUGAACUGUCAUAUACUGUACUUUAAUGCAACUAGGGAUAAAUAAUGUCAUUCUUAUAUACAUACAUGUCCUGUUUCCGUUGUAAGACAUUAAAACCAGUAAAAAUAUUAAUUUAACGUGACAUAUUAAUUAUAUAUGUUAACCGGCAUUAACUUCCACGAACGUUAAGCGUCUAAUCAUCAUCAUUAUACACAGUGAUUGGCAGUAUUACUGUAUUUAUAUAAUGCAGCGCACCCAGCGACUGAAUAACAAACUAUGUGCAUAUUUUUACAGAAGUAUAUUCAUGUUAUAUCUAAACAGUCUGCGGAUGGUUUAGGGCAGGGGUGUCCAAUACGUCGAUCGCAAAGGCAAUGCCGGUAGAUCGCACAACUGCUGCUCCACGCGCAAAAUUGUCAUUAUGGUCUUUUGGAGUAAUUGUGAAACAUGCAGGUCUUUUUGAGUUGCUGCGCCUUUCUUCUCAAAUGUGUUUUGCCAUGCCACUGCAGCUCAGUCGUCUUUAACUUCCAAAAUUCACAUGGAUGCGCAUUUUUGUCUCACGCAGUUCCUGAUUCACACGCACGGUGUGUGUGAGCGAGCAAACGAGAGGGAGAGAGAGGCAGCGUAGCGCUGAUUUGUAUGCUUCUGUUUGUUUCACUAAACCGCAUCUCCGCUAUUUUAAGGAGUACUCGACAUGUACUCAAGGAUUUUUUUUUUAAAACUCCUCAAAAAGAAUAGAGUAAUGGUGACAGCCCUAAAUUCAAUGUAAAGAUAUAUGCAGUAUAGUCCUACAAGCAUUUAAAAUGUUCUUUCUCUUCUGCUCUUGUAAGCUCCGCUAUGCGCUCUUGCAGGGCGCGCUCUCUUAAGUUGUCCGUGUGCAUCACCGCUCCCCCAGUUGAGUUCCGCCUUUUGGUUCUGAUAACGUGACGUUAUUUUGUAAACUAACAUUUAAGAAUCGAUUCUUGACAUUUGUGAAUCGAUUCAGAAUCGUCCCACGUCCGAAUCGCGAUUCAUCUAAGAAUCGAUUUUUUUGCCCACCCCUAUUGAGCUCACAGAGACAUUUAGAGAGAAAACACACAGAACAGAAACUCUUCACCUGCAGGAGAUGUAAGAUCAGCUUUACUACCUUACAAGAGAAGAAACUUCAUUCAGAAGAGCACAGAAAGAAGAAGAAGAAGAAGAAGAAGAAGUUGUUUCACUGUCAGCAGUGUGGGAAGGAUUUUGGCUCCUUAUCUCAUCUGAGAUUUCACAUGAGGACACACAAUGCUAAAAAGCCUUUCUACUGCACUGAAUGUGGCUAUUACUUCAGCACCAAAGCAAAUCUUGAUUCUCAUAAGAGAAUUCACACAGGAGAAAAACCAUACGAGUGUCCUUACUGUAAGAAGAGAUUCAGCCACAAAAUCAAUUUGAGGAAACAUGUGUUUACACACACCAAUGACAGUCCAUAUCAGUGCGAUGAAUGUGGAAAAACCUUUAGGGAUUCAAGUCAAUUAAAAUCACACCAAACACUUCACACUAAAGAGAAACCCUUUCAAUGUUUACACUGUGAUAAACGUUUCAAUCGUAAAACUACUCUUACAGCCCAUCAGACACUUCACACUGGAGAGAAACCUCAUUACUGUGAUGUCUGUGAGAAGAGUUUCAGUCGACGUGAACAUUUAGUGACUCAUCAGAGAACUCAUACAGGUGAAAGACCUUACAAAUGCUCUCAGUGUGAGAAGACCUUUGCCCAUUCAGGUAAAUUUAAAGCCCAUCAGCAACUUCACACUGGAGAGAACCCUCAUCACUGUAAUGUUUGUGGGAAGAGUUUUGAUCAUAGAAGCAGUUUAGUGAGACACCAGAUAAUUCAUACAGGUGAAAAACCUUUCAAAUGCGCUCAUUGUGAGAAGACGUUUGUUUAUUCAUCUGACUUUAAAGACCAUCAGAGACUUCAUACUGGAGAGAAACCUUACAAAUGCUCUCAGUGUGAGAAGACGUUUGCUUAUUCAUCUAACUUAAAAUCUCAUCAGAGACUUCAUACUGGAGAGAAACCUUACAAAUGUGCUUAUUGUGACAAGACGUUUUCUCAGUCAGGUUCCUUAAAAGCCCAUCAGAGACUUCAUACAGGAGAGAAACCUUACAAAUGCUCUCAGUGUGAGAAGACGUUUGCUUAUUCAUCUAACUUAAAAUGUCAUCAGAGACUUCAUACUGGAGAGAAACCUUACAAAUGUGCUUAUUGUGACAAGACGUUUUCUCAGUCAGGUCACUUAAAAGCCCAUGAGAGACUUCAUACUGGAGAGCACAGAGAGAAGCAGCAGCAGCUGACGUUUGACUGUGAGCAGUGUGGGGAGGAUUUUGGCUCCUUAUCUCAUUUGAGAGUUCACAUGAGGACACACAAUGCUGAAAAGCCUUUCUACUGCACUGAAUGUGGCUAUUACUUUAGCAGCAAACAAAGUCUUGAUGUUCAUCAGAGAAUUCAUACAGGAGAAAAACCAUACAAGUGUCCUUACUGUGAGAAGAGAUUCAGCCAAAAAUAUAAUAUGAGGAAACAUGUGUUUACACACACCAAUGACAGUCCAUAUCAGUGCAGUGAAUGUGGAAAAAACUUUAGGGAUUCAAGUCAAUUAAAAUCACACCAAACACUACACACUAAAGAGAAACCCUUUCAAUGUUCACACUGUGAUAAACGUUUCAAUCGUAAAACUACUCUUACAGCCCAUCAAAUACUUCACACUGGAGAGAAACCUCAUUACUGUGAUGUCUGUGAGAAGAGUUUCAGUCGACGUGAACAUUUAGUGACUCAUCAGAGAACUCAUACAGGUGAAAAACCGUACAAAUGCUCUCAGUGUGAGAAGACGUUUGCUCAUUCAGGUAAAUUUAAAGCCCAUCAGCAACUUCACACUGGAGAUAACCCUCAUCACUGUAAUGUCUGUGAGAAGAGUUUUGAUCAUAGAAGCAGUUUAGUGAGACACCAGAUAAUUCAUACAGGUGAAAAACCUUUCAAAUGUUCUCAUUGUGAGAAGACGUUUGUUUAUUCAUCUGACUUUAAAGUCCAUCAGAGACUUCAUACUGGAGAGAAACUUUACAAAUGCUCUCAGUGUGAGAAGACGUUUACAAAGUCAGGUCACCUUAAAUCUCAUCAGAGAGUUCAUACUGGAGAGAAACCUUACAAAUGCGCUCAUUGUGAGAAGAUGUUUUCUCAGUCAGGUUCCUUAAAAGCCCAUGAGAGAUUUCAUACAGGAGAGAAACCUUACGUCUGCUUGAUCUGUGAGAAGAAAUUCACUCAUGCCAAAAGUCUUCAAAAUCAUCAGAAGUAGGGGUGUGCCGGUUUUAGAAUUGGUGAUGACGGUUAUGACGUGAGUCAAAUGUGACGGUUCAUAACAUAACCGUCGGUGGGGGGCGUUUUGCUCAUUUAAAUGCUCGUGGAUUGACGGGAAAGUGUCAUUUUACCAUCAAAUCAUGAAUGUGAUGCCAAGUGUGUUUUAAACAGUAAUAACUUUGAACAAUUUAACAGAAAGCAAUGAAAUAUUUAAAAAACACACUGUUGCCAGAAGACUGCGUUGUCACUCUCUCAUCUAUCAUCUAUUUUAAUAAUCUUAAUAGAAACAGAUUUGUGCAUUGGGCUUUUUAUGUCUGUAAUUGUGUCUAUAUCGGUCAUUACACGGACCAGAACAGCACGAAAACAAUGUGGAUUAAAAGCGUAUUGAAGAGGUUUUGCUCAUAAAUGCAGGUAAAAGAAAGUAAUGUGAACUUGAGAUUGUUAUUAAACGCAGCCGGUGUAAAAGCACAAUGGCCACGCGCAGCAAACGCUCUCCGCAGACGCGCUGCACAGUGUUCACCCGGCGUUUGAAUAAACUAGACGCUGAUUAGCUACUUGCUCUACGUUUCUUUAAAACUAACAGCAAGACAACUAGCAGUGAAUGUGCGUUCAAGAGAGUUAGUAGAUUAGCAUGGGAGGAUUUGAACUUGAAAAGCGGAGAGUACUGACGCCUUUCCGCGGUUAAAACAACAUUCCUUCUCAUGGUCAUUCAUGUUUAUUUGAUGCUAUAAAUUAACUAGAAGGAAGAGAUGAUUUCAAAGGUGAGACUUUGUUUAAUAUGUUUAAUCUCAAAAGUAACCGAAAAGCAACCUGGUUUGUCCUGUAUGUCAGCGCGUUGUCAGUGUCUGCUCCGCUCUGUAUUUUUCACUGCGUGAGAACGUGAGGGGCCGUAUAACACAGACUGUUAACAAUUGUUUUUAAUUAGUAUUUAAAAAUUCUUUAUGAUAAAAAAUGUUUAAAAAAAAAUAUUUUAAUAACACGGUUUUGCCGGUUAUAGAGUUCUAAUGACGGUGUUCAACUAUAACCGUCGGUCUCACGGUUAUAUAAUGACCGUCACACCCCUAAUCAGAAGGAACAUACUGAUGAACAAAUAGACUGAAAUCAUCAUAGCAUCUAAAAGACUUUCCAGACUGACCGUGUGGUCCUAUUCUGCAUGCUAUAACAUGCUAUGAAAACAAUAGCUUUUAUUAUUAAUGACUUUACAUUGACCUCGGUUAGUUGCGACGAAAAGCGAAUGUUAUUUUUUUUGACCAUUGUGUCAAAUUUCCCCUCUUUUUCCCUGGUUGACCAAUGAGAUCUGAGCAUUACUUCACGUUCCCGGAGCUGCUGUUAAUCUACAGCACAGCGUGUCAGGUUGUUCUUUGUUUGUGUCAUGCAUUUAAAAUCCUUAAAUGCACGAUUUGUUGAUUAUCCCUUACAUAUUCAUUUAUUUUAUCAUUCACCUUUAUUUUAAUUAAUAUGUUUUAUUACACUGCUCUCUAAAAUACUAGAUUCUGAUUGGCCAGUCAUGACAUUCCAAGGUUCGUUCUUUUCAAAUAACUACCGCUCAAAGCAAAUAACAUACGGUUACACGGAUGCUCCGAAUCAUUUUGACAGAUACAAUUUAACAAAUUCCAGCAUUAUAAGUGAUUAAACCAAGUAUUGCGCUCGUGACAUUUGAUGGUCUUAUCUUAAAACCAAAAGUAAACGCGUUUUUCUCAUGAAAGGUAUGCAUUCGUUAAAAAUUAGCAAAUUAAAUAUAUUUCAAGUCAAUAUAAAAUAUUCCUUGUUAGACUUAUGAGGUAAAUAGCCGUGUAAUAAGCGGGAUAGUGUACACAGGCAGCAGGUUGUUAUCGCAAAAUAAGCCCCUUCAGUGUGAUACAUGAUCAGAGUAUCGGGAGUUAUUUCUGCAACCUGCUGCCUAUACAUUUUCCCUUACAUAUUUUAUUCUAUCUAGUUAUUCUAUUCUACAUUAUUUUUCUUAAUAUUAUUGAAAUCUUAUGUUGCCGCUGUAUUGUCUUUAAAUGCUGAUUUGAGUCUCCGAUGGACUAGAUCGCAAGGUUUUUAUUAACCUCAUUAUAAUGUUGUAAAACAUUAAGUGUCCACUCUCUGUUUGAUAUAAUAACACCUCCUUAAUCUGCUUCUAGUCAGACAAAGUUACUCAGAGCAUUGACAGUGCAACUAAAAUUAUUCAAUAAAGCAUCUUUAUUUGAUUCAACAUCACUUCAUCUCCUGUCUGCUGUUUUUCUCUUCAUCUCUGUGUCUACCUCAUGGUUGAUUUGAAGUAUUAACUCUCACAACAGAGCUGAUAUUUGAGCACAGAUUUUGUGAUUUCCUGACAGGACAUGGGAACUAUAUCUAAACUAUGGGCAAAAAAUUAACGCGUUACAAGUAACGCGCAUUACGUAAUAUUACUUUUUUUAAAGUAACAAGUAGCACAUUACUUUCAAAAUUUACACAUUCAUAUUUGAGUAACUUUUUUUAAAAAGUAAUGCGAGUUAGUAUUCAGUUUAAUUAAUUUGAUUUAAAAAUAAAAUAAUGUACUGAAUUAAACUGAUCAUAUGAACAUAGAAUUACGCACUCUAUGCGCCUGAGCGGGAACAGUUUGAGUCAGAAACAGAGAUGGCAGGCCAGCGCUUGACAUUUUUGCGAUCAUAAAAACACCUGCAAGGCCUGAAAGAGAUCAAGCCUCCGCCAGCAAAAGUAAUGCAAAAGUAAAGUAAGCAUACUUUCCAUAAAAGUAACUAAGUAACGCAAUUAGUUACUUUUUUGGAGAGUACCUUAAUAUUGUAAUGCAUUACUUUUAAAAGUAACCUUCCCCAACACUGUUGCUAACAGGUUAGCAACUAUGGUUUUGGGAAAUGCACCCCUGAUCGGUACAACAUUUAAGUUUGCCACCUAAGCAUACCAGAUAAAGCUAGACUUCAUUCAACAAUGUUAAAAACUCAAAGGGAUAGUUCACCCCAAAAUUAAAAUUCUGUCAUAAUUUUCCAACUCUUAUGAUGUUACAAAUCUGUAUACAUUUCUUUGUUCUGAUGAACGCAAAUGAAGAUAUUUUCAGGAAUGUUUGAAACCAAACCAUAGUAUUCAUUUUUCCAUAAUGAGUAGGGCUUAUGAACGGUUUGGUUAUAAACAUUUCUCAAAAUAUAAAUAUUAAGCAUUUAUUAGUCCAAUAACCAUCAAUAAAUGCAACACAAUGCAAAUUUUGCAUACACAUAAAUGAAGGGGUGAACAUGUACAACAUCCUCAAUGUGACCAACAAACACACACACAUCCACAACUAAAAGAGUCUAUAACAGUGCACUUUUUAAUUUUUCAAAAAAAAAAAAAAAUUAUUGCUACUCGCUUACAUACAAUAAAAUUGAAUGAGACAACAACUGAGCUUUCAUUUUAAUUGCUGAGAAACCACUGUGCCAUGCAUGCACACACACACACGAGAGAUCAGAGUCCCAAUGAUUUGAUGAUGCUUUCAGAUUAAAGAAUUUUGUGUUAAUUUCUUUCAUGUAAUCAAUGGCCGAUGUGUCAAAUACAUGCCAUUACUUAUAUAUUUAUAUACUAAAUAGAUAUUCUAUUUAAAGAGCACCUAUUAUGGGAUACACGUUUUUAAACAUCCUUUUGUGUGUAAGUGUGCAUUAGUACAUGCUAACGAUAUUCAAAAAGUACAUACCUCAAAGAAAACGAUGACGCGAGUUAUCGUCUCUAACGUUCGAGGACUACAAAAAACACUCGGAUUGUAGGCAACAGUUUACUUCCUGGGAUUAGUGACGUAGAUAAGACCAACAUUAUCAUAGUUCAGCCCUCUCUGCUUUGCUUGGGUACGCCCUCAAAGACGAGGGUGGGGAGCGCCGAGUCAGAAGAGAGCUAAAAUGGCGGAGGUUGGGAGUCCCUGCAUUGACUCUGUUUGCAAACUCUUGUUUCAUUGUUUAAGCGAUUAAAUCUCUCGAGUAGACGCUGUCUCUUUAGAUGCGAGGGCAAAAUAGCACUUUAUGGACUUACACAGAGGACAUCAUGUUUAAUACGGUUCCGGAAAAAUCCAGUCAGAAGUUCUUCACGGAGUUUUCACAAUAACUGCUUCUCAUGAACCGAAGCUGGAUUUGCGCGACGUCUCCUCUUGAAAGUUGGAUUACUGUGCACUUUGGAUCACAGGCUGUAAGUAUUCACGUUUAUUAUUUGCCUUUUACUGUACAUUACGUAACCGGUAACCGGAGAUUAACAUAAUGUGCGUGUAGAGCUAAGCUUGCAAGCUAAUUGUUUUGUGUUGUAAUACUGUAUUUCAUAAACAACGUACCAUAUUUACACACGUGUAUGUUGAAUUAUGCAGACUAUCGUUUUUUUUUAUCGAUGUUGGUUUAGACAUGUUUACAAACUUGCUAAGUUGCUAAGCUAAAUACAAAUACAAAUGCCAGCUAAACUGUUACCAGUAAAAUUUGUUCUCAUGAUCAAACUCAAGAAACUCUAAGUACAGAUGAUUUGUUUAAAGUUAUAUGUAUUUUACUGUUGUAUUUACUUGAAGCUUUCUUAGAUUUUGAAACGAAGUAAACACGUAAUGUGUGUUGCUAAUGUUGGGCCAUGUAAUAUGUAAUACAUUAACGUUUUAAUGAAUAGUCUAACGAGUUAUAGUCGUUGUACUCUAUUGUUAUAAUAUGUCUUUUUGACUGAAUACAUGUUUGUUUUAUUUCUCUAUAUCCUAGAUUCGCAGCUGGACACAUCCUUCUACACUGUAUGCAAACAUGCAACAUCAUAACACACAGUACAAGGAGUCAAACUGGCAUAUGAGGAGCAAAGGAACCCAGGCAGUAGCAUCGUUUCACAAUGUUUCCAUCACCAUCAUCAGUGGAUGCCUUUGCCGUCUGUAGCCUGAGAUUUCAGAUUUGCAGCAAAAAAAAUUUGAUUUUCUCAUUUAUUGGAAUGCUGUGCAGGUAUUUGUACCUUGCAGCCAUCCAUUACAAUGUCACCAAGCCGUAACAAAAGCAGGAGAGGGAAAGUACAAGGCUAUGUUCCCAAAACACACAAGUGACAUACCUUAUGUGGAUGAUGUGAUCAGGCUUGUGUUUGAUGAGGUAUUUGAAGAUAAGCUGAAGGAAGCCCUGAUUCCAAUGGACCUGGCAUCACAGUUUGAGAGACCUUCAAAGGAGGCCAUCUUCAGUGCAGGGGUCGUCGAAAGCCAAAAUUGUGACCGAUCUGAUCAGUUAGCUCCAAGCGUAUCUGGAGAACAACAACACGACAGGAUGAUAACCUUAUAGUGUUGUCUUAAAUAGCACCAGCUGACAAAGCUUUGAUAUGCCAUUUAUCUGAAUAGAUAGCUGUAAGAAAUGAAUUGAACAAUUUUUGAAACAAGAGCACAAUAUGGUUACUAAAGUAUGUUUAUUUGUAUAUUGUUUAACAUUUAAAUAUAUAUUUGUAAUAAAUAAAAAAAACUUUUGACUGACUAUUAUAUUUUCUUUAAAGUUACAUCUUUUGUUCUUUUGGGUACUUUGUUACUAUAAUGAUACUUUAGUGUUAUUGGUUUAAAAAUGUAAUAAAACUUACUCUAGUCCUGCACCUCAAAGGCUUAUAGUCGGUACAAUAAAUGUUCUGUGUGUAGGGAUUUAGACAAUUUGUGCAAAACCUGGAUGAUGAAUCACGCAGGUAAGAGGCCCUGGAACAUGUUGCAUUCUCCUUAAAACCUAAUAAGUAAAAACAUAGCACUUAUAAGUAAGCGGUUUUUCAUAAUAAAGUUUACCAUAGUAAAAUAAUGUAGAACUAACAUUCAUUGCAAUUAAUACUUUUUUUGUGCUACAUUUGGUGUUUCCAUAUAGUUUGCACAGUGAUAUAGUAUGUAAGCAGUCUUUUAUAAUACAGUUUACUAUAGUAAAAUAAUGUUAACAAAUGAAAUAGUUUUAUAAUCAUUUCAACAAAUACUUUCUAUGUGCUACAUUUGGUGUUUCCAUAUAGUUUGCACAGUAAUAUAGUAUGUAAGCAGGCUUUUAUAAUAAAGUUUACUAUAGUAAAAUAAUGUUAAUAAGUGAAAUAG